CGAGCGUGUUUCACGGUAAAAAGUAGAUUGAGAGCGACUCCCGGGCCGACAAACAUCAAAGCGGCUCCUUCACACCGACCGAGCUUCGUAAAGACGGGAGCAGCGGCCAUCUUUGAGCCAACAUGGAGCGGGACUUGUGGCUGUGAAGGACGGGAGAUGGGUGGUCUGCUGGCCGAGCUGCUGCUGCUGUGGAGCUGCCUGCUGCUGGCCGAGCUUCACGCCUCACCCCGUCUCCUCUUUGCCAACCGACGUGAUGUCCGGUUGGUAGAUGCGGACAUCGUGCGGGGCGAGUCCGCCGUUGUUGUCGGCGACCAGGAAGACGCAGCGGCCGUGGACUUCCUGUUUAACCAAAGCCUGAUAUUUUGGACCGACGUCAGCGAGGAGGUCAUCAAGCAAACACGCUGGAAUCAGUCAUCCAACUCUCUGAAAGAGGCUCUGGGAACGGGUCAAACUGUAGUCGUGUCGGGGCUGAACAGUCCUGACGGACUAGCCUGUGACUGGUUGGGUAGGAAGCUCUACUGGACGGAUUCAGACAGCAAUCGAAUCGAAGUGGCGAACCUUGAUGGCACCUUCAGAAAAGUCCUGUUCUGGAUGGACCUGGACCAACCCAGGGCUAUCGCCCUUAAUCCAGGCCAUGGAUACAUGUACUGGACAGACUGGGGAGAGGAGCCCCGGAUAGAGAGUGCGGGCAUGGACGGCAGCGUCAGGAAAGUGAUCGUGAAGGAGGACAUCCACUGGCCCAACGGACUCACGAUAGACCUGGCGGAACAGAAGUUGUACUGGGCCGAUGCCAAACUGAGCUUCAUCCACAGAGCUAACCUGGAUGGAUCAGCACGGGAAGAAGUGGUGGAGGGCACCCUGACCCAUCCUUUUGCACUAACUCUGUCCAAGGAGACGCUGUACUGGACCGACUGGCAGACUCACUCCAUACACGCCUGUAACAAACACAGCGGAGACAAAACCAGAGAGAUCCUCAGUGGGAUUUAUUCUCCGAUGGACAUCCAGGUUCUGGAGUCCUACCGGCAGCCUUACAUCAAGACUCCCUGCAGCGACAAGAACGGAGGCUGCAGUCACCUCUGCCUCCUGUCUCCUCUUCAGCCCUUCUACAGCUGUGCCUGCCCCACGGGAGUCCAGCUUAAUCCAGACGGAAAGACAUGCAAACCAGGUGCAGAGGAGGUUCUGUUGCUGGCUCGAAGGACGGACCUGAGGAGAAUCUCACUUGACCUGCCAGAUUUUACUGACAUAGUUCUGGAGGUUGGUGACAUCCGCCAUGCCAUAGCCAUAGACUACGACCCAGUUGAAGGUUUUGUCUAUUGGACAGACGAUGAGGUGCAGGCCAUCCGGAGAUCUCGCAUUGAUGGGAAGAAUGCCGUGGUUUUGAUUUCCACAGAACUCAAACACCCUGAUGGUAUUGCUGUUGACUGGGUGGCCCGAAACCUUUACUGGACGGACACUGGCACCGAUCGAAUUGAGGUCACCAGGCUAAAUGGAACAUCUCGGAAGAUUUUGAUUUCGGAGAACCUGGAUGAACCCAGAGCCAUCGUUUUGGAUCCUGUGAACGGGUACAUGUUCUGGACCGACUGGGGUGAGCAUCCCAAGAUCGAGCGAGCAAACUUGGAUGGAACGGACAGGGUGGUCCUGCUCAACAGUUCGCUUGGCUGGCCCAAUGGACUCGCUCUAGACUUCGAAGCAAGAAAGCUAUACUGGGGAGAUGCUAAGACGGACAAGAUAGAGGUGAUCGACGUGAACGGCAGUAACCGACAGACGCUGCUCGAGGACAAGCUGCAUCACAUCUUUGGUUUUACUCUGCUGGGUAAUUACAUCUAUUGGACCGACUGGCAGAGACGUAGCAUCGAGCGGGUCCACAAAACCACCGCCGUGCGAGAGAUCAUCAUCGAUCAGUUGCCGGACCUGAUGGGGCUGAAGGCUACAAAAGUGGCGCAGACCCACGGCACCAACGGCUGCGCAGUGGAAAAUGGAGGGUGCAGCCAUCUUUGUUUCUGGUGUCAGCAGGCGGUCCGCUGCGCCUGCCCCAUGGGGCUGGAGAUCCUCCCAGACCUCCGGACCUGUGUGGUGCCGGAGGCCUUCCUGCUUUUCACCAACAGGGACAGCAUUCGCAGCAUUUCGUUGGGUACAAACAGCAACGAUGUGGCCAUCCCCUUGACAGGCAUCAAAGAGGCCUCGGCUCUUGGUUCCGAUGUUUCUGAAAAGAGAAUAUAUUGGACGGACAUACAGGCGAAGAAAAUCAGCAGAGCGUAUCUGAACGGCAGCUCUGUAGAACACGUCGUGGAGUUCGGGCUGGACUACCCAGAAGGCAUGGCUGUCGACUGGAUGGGUCGUAACAUCUUUUGGACAGAUACAGGAACGAACCGCAUCAAGGUGGCCCGGUUGGAUGGUCAGUACCAGCAGGUUCUUGUCAGUAAGGAUCUUGACAACCCACGAUCUCUGGCCCUGGACCCAGCUAACGGCUACAUGUACUGGACGGAAUGGGGGGGUCGGCCACGUAUAGCCAAAGCCUAUAUGGAUGGUACCACCAUUGUGACCCUGGUAGACAAAGUGGGGCGUGCCAAUGGACUGACCAUUGAUUAUGUGGACCAUCGACUCUACUGGAUUGAUCUUGAUACGUGUAUGAUUGAAAGCACCAACAUGCAAGGCCUCCAAAGGGAGACCGUAGUGGACGACCUCCCUCACCCCUUUGGCCUGACCCAGUACAGGGAUUUUAUCUACUGGACCGAUUUUAAUCUGCGCAGUAUAGAAAGGGCCAAUAAACGCAAUGGGCUCAACCGUACGGUGAUACUUCAGGGUCAGCUGGAGUUGAUGCUGGACAUCCUGGUGUUCCACUCCUCUCGUCAGGAUGGCACCAACGAAUGCUCACAGAAUAACGGCAACUGUGCCCAUCUCUGCCUGGCCACUCCUGCUGGUGCCCGAUGCCGCUGCGCCUCACACUACAGCCUGAGCCCCGAUGGAAGAAACUGUAGCUCUCCUUUGAGCUUCCUGCUCUUCAGUCAGAAGGCCAGCAUCAGCAGGAUUGUGGUAGGAGAACAAAGCUCAGACAUCAUCCUGCCAAUUUACAUCACAAGGAAUGCCCGAGCUGUGACCUAUGACCCCCUGGACCAUCUCAUCUACUGGUUGGAUGGACGACAGAACAUCCGAAGAGCAAGAGAUGAUGGAACCAUGGCCUCAACAGUCGUAAGCAGCACCGCUCAACAAGUGGACAACCAGAUCCACGACCUUAGCCUGGACCCCUACAGUCGCCACAUUUACUGGACCUGCGAGACAACAAACACCAUUAAUGUCCAGAGGAUGGACGGCCACAUUGUAGGAGUGGUUGUCAAAGAUGACACAGACAAGCCGAGGGCCAUCGUGAUCAAUGCUGAGAAAGGGUACAUGUAUUUCACCACAGUACAGGAGCGCUCCGCUAAGAUUGAAAGGUCCAGUCUGGACGGAACUGAGAGGGAGUCUCUGUUCACCACCGGCUUGAUCAGGCCGGUUGCUCUGGCUUUGGACAACAAAUUAGGAAAACUGUUCUGGGUUGAUGCCGACCUCAAACGCAUCGAGAGCAGUGACCUGACAGGGGCCAAUCGCAUCGUUUUACAGGAUUCCAACAUCCUUCAGCCAAUAGGAUUGACGGUCCUUGGGGAUCAUCUGUACUGGAUUGACCGCCAGCAGCAGAUGAUUGAAAGGGUGGACAAAGUGAGCGGAGAUGGACGUACACGCAUUCAGGGACGAAUAUUGUACCUGACGUCCAUCCACGCUGUGGAAGAGAUGGACCCGCAGGAGUUUGUGUCCCAUCCUUGUUCCCGGGACAACGGGGGCUGUUCUCACAUUUGCAUUGCAAAGGGUGAUGGAACCCCUUCCUGUUCUUGUCCCACGCAUCUGGUGUUGCUGCAAAACCUGCUGCACUGUGGAGAGCCUCCGACGUGCUCCACGGAGCAGUUCACCUGCUCGACGGGAGAAAUCGACUGCAUCCCCAUGGCGUGGCACUGCGACGGCUACGCUGAAUGUGAAGACAAGAGCGACGAAGAAAACUGCCCCGUCUGCUCCGCCUUCCAGUUCCAGUGCGAUGGAGGAAGCUGCAUUGAUGCUCAGAGACGCUGCGACGGUGAACCCAACUGUGCUGACAAGUCCGAUGAGCAGGACUGUGAAACCAUCUGCGCCCCCACCCAGUUUCGUUGUGGGGACAACCAGUGCAUCAUGAAGAAACAGCAGUGUGACAAUUUCUCCGACUGUCUCGACGGAUCAGACGAGCUCGCUUGUGACUACACCUCUACUUCUUCGAGCUUCAUCCCAAGCUAUGAACCCACCAACCCCAUUGGUCCAGUCAUCGCCAUCAUUCUCCUAGUGUUUGUGAUGGGCGGAGCCUGCUUUGUCUGCCAGCGUGUUGUGUGUCGGCGUUAUAAGGGCCCCAAUGGGACGUUUCCUCACGAAUACAUCAGUGGAACGCCCCACGUGCCCCUGAACUUCAUCACCCCCAGCAGCUCUCAGCACGGUACCUACCAAGGGAUCUCUUGUGGGAAGUCCAUAAUGAGUUCAGUUAGCUUGAUGGGCAGCAGCAGCAGUGGAGCUCCUCUCUAUGACCGGAACCAUGUGACUGGAGCUUCAUCCAGCAGCUCUUCAUCUACCAAAGGAGCCUUCUACCCUCAGAUCCUGAACCCUCCUCCCUCCCCGGCUACAGAUCGCUCGCUCUACAACGUGGAGAUCUUUUAUUCCUCCAACAGUCCAUCCACCACGAGAUCCUACAGACCCUACCACUCGGUUCGUGGCGCCGCGCCGCCCACCACCCCCUGCAGCACGGACGUCUGCGACAGCGACUACACCCCCCACCAUCCGCCGGCCAGCUUGCUGUCGUCGACGGGUCGCUGGAAGGCUUCGGGCCACGCCGGCCACGGAAAACCCAACAAGUACUACAUGGACCUCAACUCUGAUUCCGACCCGUACCCGCCCCCUCCCACCCCCCGCUCCCAGUACAUGUCAGCUGAAGAAAGCUGCCCCCCGUCCCCGUCUACCGAACGAUCCUAUUUCCACCUGUGCCCCCCUCCUCCCUCCCCCUGCACCGACUCGUCAUGACCUUCCAGCAGCUCUGUCGGGAGGAAAGGGAUGAAGUGAACUUGCUGGUUCGGUUCGACCCCCCCCCCCCAUUUAUCAGGGAAGAACUUUUGGCUGCCUCUCGUGUGCCACUUUACACAAAGUGGUCUGGAUUAAGUGCCUUGCUUAAAGGUCUACCGUCCUGAAGUCAGUCGUCCCUGACAUCUCAGUUUGACCGUUGGAGACACACCACGCGGAACAAUUUGAAACUUGUAGAAUGUUGACCCCCCCCC